AUGGAUUUAAGUUAUAAACCAAUCAUAGAAAAUACAAAGGAAGCGAUUGAUUACUCCCUACAAAUAUGGACACUUCCAGAAACUAUAGUAUAUUUAGUUUUUGUGAUCGGCGCAUAUCUGGCCCUGGUUUUAAAGAUAUUACCUGCCUACAUGAAGAACAGGCGACCGUACACGUUGAAAGGAUUAUUGAUUUUUUAUAAUGCAUUCCAAGUGUUUUAUUCAGCGUAUCUUGUUUUUAUAUAUACAAGUUACAUAUUGAAACACGGCAUUAUCUGCACAUCAUGUCCACAAGGAGAAUUCUUAAAACAGGUGACUCGAGAUAUAUUCCCGUACUUCCUGGCGAAACAAAUUGAUCUGUUGGAUACAGUAUUUUUCGUGCUAAGGAAAAAGGAUAAUCAAGUGACAUUUCUUCAUGUGUACCAUCAUUGUAUUAUGGUGACAUGGGCAACGUUGUACUAUCUGCAUAAACCGUCUGACCACUUCGUAGGCGUUGGCUUCAUGAACAGUUUUGUGCAUGUAAUAAUGUACGCAUAUUACGGACUAUCAGCAAUGGGACCUCAGUUCGCUAAAUUUGUUUGGUGGAAAAAGCAUUUGACGAAAAUACAACUGAUCCAAUUCAUCCUGGUGAUCUCAAACUUGCACUAUCAGCAGAAGUUGACGCCGUGCCCGAUCCCAUCUGUCUUCCAUUACUUCUGCGUCAUCAGCAUAACCUCAUUCUUUGUCCUAUUUAUGAAGUUUUACCUUAAAAGUUACAUCAAACGAUCAAAUGAAAUAAAUACCCAAUGCACCAAUAAUAAAAACUUUAUAUCAGUAUUACUUGCAGAGGCAAAUAAAAGACGUUGA